CUGCCAGAAACUUUUUGAAGACAUAGACGAAUUAGACAUGAAGAGUUUCAGUGAAGAGACAACAGGAGCAGAUGUCGAGAGUAUUAAUUCUGUCGAGGUCUCUCCCUAUGUCCCAGAAAUUUUCAGUUUCUCUCUUCUCGGUGGCUCCCAAAAUGUGCUCUCGCAUGGCCUUCCCAAGGUCACUGAUUCCUGUAAUAGCAGUCAGGUUACCAGCACCAUCUGCGCGAGUGGCAGCCACUUUAUCCACUCCACUCCUGGAGAUAUUAAGAAUCCAGGCAAAAUAAGGGUCGGCAAACGCCACCCACUAUUAAACAAUUUUAAACCCGAAUACUGCGUUACCUGUCCUAAAUGUGGAUUAAGUGUAGCUUCAAGAGGACAUCUUAAAAGGCACCUCGCUACUCAUGGUGCUGAUCGAAGCUUCAGGUGUUUGCAUUGUGACUGCUCUUUCAGCCGACGUGAUUUUCUGCAAGACCAUCUUGCUCGUGCUCAUAACAUCGCAUCACAAGAGGGACAUCGCACAACACCAUACCAUUAUAAACCAGAACGUUCGGUUACCUGUCCAGAAUGUGGCAUUACGAUAGCAUCAAAAGGCCACCUUAAAAGACACCAAGAGUCUCAUGGUGCCAAUCGACGCUUCCAGUGUACUAAUUGUGAUUGCUCCUUCAAUCGGAAGACAAAAUUAACGGCUCAUCUGAGUCGUGUUCACGGCUUAUAAAGAUAAUUGUCAUAGUAACUAUUUCUGUAUGACUGAAUAGCUUUUUAAGUUGAUUCUUAUAAAAUGACAUUUUUUAUUGGACAUGUGAAAAUGGAAGUAACAUUUCUUCCUAUUUUUUCAAAAAUGAAUUAGAAAAAUAAUGAUUGCAAUUUUGUAAAAAAAGGUGCCAAACUCUU